AUGUUCACAGGCAUAGUCGAAGUCACAGGCACCGUCACCCGCCUCGAAAAGCAAGAUGACACUGCAGCCGGCGGAGGAGGGACCUCACUGACAAUCUCCGAUUGCGGGGAGAUCCUCACAGAUGCCCAUUUGGGCGACAGCAUCAGUAUAAACGGCACAUGCCUAACCAUAACCUCCUUCACCCCAUCCCAAUUCACCGUCGGCGUAUCCCCCGAAACCCUCCGCCGCACCAACCUCGGCUCCCUCACCCAAUCCUCCCCCGUAAACCUCGAGCGCGCCGUCAGCGCCACAACGCGCAUGGGCGGGCAUUUCGUGCAGGGACAUGUGGAUACCAUCGCGAAGAUCCUCUCCGUAACGCCCGACGGCAACAGUUUGGUGUUCCGAUUGCAGCCGAGGGAAAAAGAGGUGCUGAGGUAUGUGGUGGAGAAGGGGUAUGUGACGCUUGAUGGGGCGAGUUUGACUGUUACGGCUGUAGAUGACAAGGCUGGUUGGUGGGAGGUCAUGCUGAUUGCUUAUACGCAAGAGCGGGUGGUCAUGGCUGCGAAAAAGAGGGGGAGGAGGUGA